AUGGCCCAGUUCUAUUAUAAGAGAAGCAUCAAUGCCUCUUACAGAGAUCGCAUCCCUCUUCACGUCGUGCGAACAGAAUCUGAACUCUCCCCUGCUGAGAAAGCCUAUUUGAAUGCUGUAGAAAAAGGAGAUUAUGCCAGUGUGAAGCAAGUCUUGGAAGAAGCAGAACUUUAUUUCAAGAUCAAUAUUAAUUGCAUUGAUCCUCUUGGAAGAACAGCUCUUCUCAUUGCAAUAGAAAAUGAAAACUUGGAGUUCAUAGAGUUGCUCUUGAGCUUUAAUGUCUAUGUUGGAGAUGCUUUGCUACAUGCCAUCAGGAAAGAGGUGGUUGGUGCAGUUGAGCUACUCCUCAAUCACAAGAAGCCCAGUGGGGAAAAACAGGUACCACCCACAUUACUGGAUACACAGUUCUCUGAAUUUACACCAGACAUAACACCCAUUAUCUUGGCUGCCCAUACAAACAAUUAUGAGAUUAUAAAACUUUUAGUCCAGAAAGGUGUGUGUGUUCCCAGACCACAUGAAGUUCGCUGUAACUGUAUGGAAUGUGUCUCCAGUUCAGAUGUGGAUAGCCUUCGCCAUUCCCGAUCCAGACUAAAUAUCUACAAGGCUCUUGCAAGCCCAUCUUUAAUUGCUCUAUCAAGUGAGGACCCAUUUCUUACAGCAUUCCAGUUAAGUUGGGAACUUCAAGAAUUGAGCAAAGUGGAAAAUGAGUUUAAAUCUGAAUAUGAAGAAUUGUCACAACAGUGCAAGCAGUUUGCAAAAGAUCUGUUGGAUCAGACUCGAAGUUCAAGAGAAUUGGAAAUUAUUCUUAAUUACAGAGAUGAUAACAGUCUACUAGAAGAGCAGAGUGAAAAUGAUUUGGCAAGAUUAAAACUGGCAAUUAAAUACCGUCAAAAAGAGUUUGUUGCCCAGCCAAACUGUCAACAGCUACUUGCCUCUCGUUGGUAUGAUGAGUUCCCAGGCUGGAGGAGACGGCACUGGGCUGUGAAGAUGCUGACUUGCAUCAUAGUUGGAUUCCUUUUUCCCGUAUUUUCUGUCUGCUACUUGAUAGCUCCCAAGAGCCGACUGGGAUUGUUCAUCAGGAAGCCAUUCAUCAAAUUCAUCUGCCACACUGCCUCCUACUUGACUUUCUUGUUUCUUCUUCUACUUGCCUCUCAGCAUAUUGACAGGUCAGAUCUGAAUAUGCAAGGGCCCCCACCAACCAUCGUUGAAUGGAUGAUCUUACCAUGGGUCUUGGGAUUUAUUUGGGGUGAAAUUAAACAAAUGUGGGAUGGUGGCCUGCAAGAUUACAUUCAUGACUGGUGGAAUCUGAUGGAUUUUGUUAUGAACUCUCUAUACCUGGCAACAAUAUCACUGAAAAUAGUUGCAUUUUCAAAGUACAGUGGGCUGCUUGCAAGACAGAGCUGGGAUAUGUGGCAUCCAACACUGGUUGCAGAGGCCCUGUUUGCUAUUGCAAAUAUUUUUAGUUCUUUGCGUCUAAUAUCAUUAUUCACUGCAAAUUCUCACUUGGGACCACUGCAGAUCUCUCUUGGACGAAUGCUACUGGAUAUUUUAAAAUUUCUGUUCAUCUACUGUCUUGUACUGCUAGCUUUUGCAAAUGGACUUAACCAGCUAUAUUUUUAUUAUGAAACAAAUGAACCUGGUCGCUGCAAAGGAAUACGCUGUGAAAAUCAAAAUAAUGCAUUUUCAACCUUAUUUGAAACCCUCCAGUCACUAUUUUGGUCAGUCUUUGGACUCAUCAAUCUGUAUGUGACCAAUGUUAAAGCUCGACAUGAAUUCACUGAAUUUGUUGGAGCCACUAUGUUUGGCACCUACAACGUCAUCUCACUGGUGGUCCUGCUUAAUAUGUUGAUAGCAAUGAUGAACAAUUCUUACCAGCUUAUUGCUGAUCAUGCAGAUAUCGAAUGGAAAUUUGCUCGUACAAAGCUAUGGAUGAGUUACUUUGAAGAAGGAGGAACUUUGCCUGCGCCUUUCAAUGUCAUACCAAGUCCAAAAUCUCAAUGGUAUUUAUUAAGAUGGCUGUGGAGACGACUAUGUAGGCAAAACAUUAAAACAAAACCUAAAAGCUUUGGAACCAUUGGGAGACGUGCAGCAGAUAAUUUGAGAAGACAUCAUCACUAUCAGUCUCGGACUUCCGGUGGUGAGGUCACAGUGGAGCAGGAGAGCAAUCUCUGCAAUCCUGUAUACAAAUUUUCAUGCUCGGAAGCUCUCAGAGGCAUCGUGAAGCUUGGAGAGACACACAAGUUAGAAGGGGAAGCCUAG